CGGCUCACUCAGUUUCCCGCGGCAGGUCGUAAGGAGCAGUGGCUCGCUAGCGACUCCCAGCCACCCUUGGCCACGCGUGCAUGUCCUGGCAGUGUCUCCAGCAGUUGACACACAUCGCUGAAAUCACCACAGAAUCUUUUCUGCACAUUUGAAAAACAUUGGACACUGAGAUAAACAUCCUCAUGAAUAUUUUGAUAACGUUGUUUGCAUUCUAAUUGGGAAAUAAACAUAAUUUUAAAAUUGUCGGACGAAGUGAAGACGUUUUUGGAAAGUUGUACAUUAUAUUAAGUGAAGUGAAGAGUGUCCGACGUCGCAAUGUGUGUCAAGGUUGUAUUUCUGAGUCCCGCCGCGCACCUGCAUGGGUAAAUGUUGGUCCAAGCAACAAGAACACGAAAAUCAAGAGGAAACCCAAGAGGUACUUUUAGAAAUCGAUCCAGGAGGCGGACCUCCCAAGAUGACUGGAGGAACACUACUAGCGAGCACUCCUGGGCGAUGGGGCGUCCCUCCCGGGGGUCACACCACUAGGAAGGCUGCAUUCAUCGCCACCCCUGGGAUAUGUGGUAACAGGAAGCCCAUCAUUACCAGCAAUCUCGGAGCUCGACAAGCUUCAGCUGGAGGAAUGGUGACGAAAACGUACCAAUUCAAAAGCACAGGCGGCAACAGUGCAGAGGUGCGGGGUGUGAAGAGUGGCCGCUACAUCACGACCUGCCAAGCCUUCGUCAGCGGCACCACACAGCCAGCUAACACCCUUAACUAUGAGAGCAACAGGCGCUCCUCCUUCAGCGUCAUUUCCUCGCAGAAGGGUAAAAGGAUGGGCAAGAUCAAGACGGAGACCACUGUUCGUACCUACACCAAGGAUGGAAAGCGUUACGAGGAGACGACGGUGGUUGAGACGAAAGAAGAGGAUGACGGGACCAUCACCACCACCACCAAGACCACCACCAAGACCCUAGGCUCGUACACCACCAAGACUGUGACUGAAGGCGUGGAAGGCCUCAAACUAAGGCAUGGUGGUCGUGGAAGUCGUGUGUCCUCCACCAGCAGUAAUGACUCCUCUCCCACUCGAGUUAAGUCCCAGCAUAAGACUCGGGACACUGCUGAGACCAAAACGAAGAAGGGCGGGUUGCUGAACAAGUUUAAGGGUGGCGACAAGUCAUCCGAUUCUAGCGACGACGAGGAGGACUUCGCCAAGAGUGUUCUCAACAGUGUCAAUGAAUACAGGACGAAGCACGGUGUGGCAAAGCUGAAGCUGAGCAAGGAGGUGUUCGCCAUAGCGAUGCUGAACAAAUACGCCAAAAUAUGGGCAAAGAAGCUGGCAACGGACGAGAAGAUGUCCCACAAUCCUGACAGCAAGUACGGAGAGAAUGUCUUCUGUCUCAGCUCCAACUCAACCAACUUCGAUGCCAAACCAAAGGAGGUGGUGGACCACUGGUAUUCAGAGGUGAAGGAUCACAAAUUCGGGGAAGAGCCCAAGGGAACGGCGCUCAAGUCUGGUCACUUCUCGCAGCUGGUGUGGAAAGACACCAAGCACAUGGGGGUAGGGAAGGCGAGGAGCGCCGCGGGCACCAAGGUCUUCGUGGUGGCUAACUUCGACCCUCAGGGCAACUGGAUGGGCCAGUUUGCCGACCAGGUCCCGCCUGUUGGCGGGUUCACCAAGUCGGCUACCUCGAACAAGACAUCAAAAAUCAACAAGACUCGCAAGUCUUCCUCCUCCAGUGAGUCCUCUUCCGAUGAGGAAGAUUUCGCUGAAGACUGCCUCAAGGCCCACAAUGACUACCGCAAGAAACACGGAGCCCAACCCCUCAAGCUGAGCAAGAAGCUGAGCAAAGUGGCGAAGGAGUGGUGUGAGACGAUAGCCAAGAAGGACGUGCUGCAACACCGUCCCAACAACCAGUACGGAGAGAACCUGUACUGCUACUACUCCCCAGAUCCAAGGUUUAGCCUUAAGGGUGAUGAGGCAGUCAAAUCGUGGUACAGCGAGAUUAAGGAUUUCAAAUUUGGAGGAGAACCUAGGGACCUCAGAGCUGGUCACUUCACGCAGGUGGUCUGGGCUGACUCGAAGGAGCUGGGAGUAGCGCGGGUCAAGUCAAGAUCCGGCAAGACUUACGUGGUGGCGAACUACAGUCCAGCUGGUAAUUUUGUGGGCAGCUUUGCAACCCAAGUGCCGAGGCUCAAGUAAGCAGUAACCACACGCACACACCGCACGCCACGAACCUUGUGUAACCCACUAAGGUUUGUGAGACAACGUUACUGGACAGUAUUUCCAUUAACUACUACGUGUUGAUUACUGUAGCUUGAUCCUUUCUUGGUAGACUACAGAGGAGAGGAUCAUUACUACCUAUAUUCUAUAUUACACAUUCAAUUAUUUAUGCGACCAAAAACCUGUACUCUAAUGAUUCCUGUUAAGUGACCUGAUCAUAAUGUAUAGAACCUAUUGCGUCAUGGAAAUUGUGUUAAUAAGAGUAGCAGCAGUAUUGUUGCAUUCUGAAAGAUUCUCUAAUUCGAACAAAAUCAAAUCAUAGUUAUAUAUUUAUGUACAUAUGUGUGUAACGUAUUGUAUACUCGCAUGUUCUACCGUUCCACGCGUAUACUGCACUUUUUUUUUGUUAUAAUUUUAAACAUGAAUGGUACGAAAAUUAAAAAUAAGAAUUCUUAGUGAGAAAACAUUUUUCUUGCGUUUUUAAAUAAUUUAUGCAUGCAUGCAGUCGCACAACUCUCAUUUCAUGUUUUUACUAUUUAUUCUAUAUAUGCAUCAUUGAAGGUUAUUGUACUGGGCUUUACGACACUGAAAUACUAUACUGUGAUGAAAUGUAGCCUGUGAUUAUAUAUAUAAUUAAAUAUCAAAGGCACUUA